GUCUGGCUAGUCCUCUGGGUUACAUGGAAUGUGUUUGUUAUCUGCUUCUAUUUGGAGGCUGGGGACCUCUCAAAGGAAACAGACCUUAUCCUGACUUUUAAUAUUUCAAUGCACCGAUCUUGGUGGAUGGAGAAUGGACCAGGAUGUACGGUGACGUCAGUGACACCCGCUCCAGACUGGGCCCCAGAAGACCAUCGCUACAUCACGGUCUCAGGGUGUUUUCUGGAGUACCAGUACAUAGAAGUGGCUCAUAGUUCCCUCCAGAUUGUCCUCGCACUGGCAGGGUUCAUCUACGCCUGUUAUGUUGUGAAAUGUAUAACUGAAGAAGAGGACAGCUUUGAUUUCAUAGGUGGCUUUGACUCUUAUGGCUAUCAAGGACCACAGAAGACAUCUCAUUUACAACUACAACCUAUGUACAUGUCAAAAUAAUCAAGAUGACUUCAGUAUCUCAGCUCAUGGACCUUUCAAGCAUCUUGUUUUGCAGUGGCCUCCUGCAUUUCAUAAAGAGCAAGAAGCAACUGAGUUUAAAUAUAUAUACAUAUUAAUCAAUCAAACAAACAAAAAGGUUCCACACACAAACAUGCACACGCACACAUGCACGCACGCACUCAAAUAUACACGUACACACAAUUCCACUUGGCCUCCUGUUUCUAACUGAAGCAGAUAUGCAGGACACACCCAUCUUGGAUUUCCAGAAAGCAGGCUUCUUUCUCCCAGGCCUUUGGAAAGUUCAAAAGGAAAUGUGUUGGUGCCCUCUGCUGGCCGUUUAGUACUAACUCCUCCGCAGCCCAGCCAACCUCUGUGAGCU